CCCUGACAUCCCUUUGCUCUUUCCCACGUCUAUCGGCGGUGCCCAACCUUCCUGCAAGACAGGCUGCGGGGUUCAGCAUGGUGCUGGGGAGGGCUGCAUGCCCACAGGACAGCUUCAGCCCCCAACCGAGGGGCUCUGGGCUUUUGGGCUUGCAGCACGUCUGUCCCACAGCAUCACGCUGACAAGUCCCCAUCUGCUCCUCCAUCAUCUCCGUGAAUCCUCCCAGCGACGGCAACGCCGUCCUGGUUCCCCUCCGCCCUGGCAGCGUAGGUGACACCGCACAGUGCCGCCAGCUCUGCCCGCCCGGGGAGGUGGCAGCCGGGAGCGGGUGUCCCCGCCGCCAGGACGGUGCUUCUGGCCAGCCGGGUCCCCAUGGGAGGAAAGGCGUCGCACCGGCAGAGCUGCCUGCAUAGGCCCUGCCGGGCUGGAGGCUGGGAGCCGGCGGGUCGGGGUGGCAGAUUGGGCACUGCCGAUAGAAAUCCCCGCGGAAAGUCACAGACGGCGUGGCACAUUUCCGUGAGGUGAAGCCGGUGUGAAAAUGAUGCUCCUUCUAGAUUCGGUCUAGGCCCCUGACUGGUGUAAGCUUUCUAACAUGGCUAACGUCACCUAAUGCAGAUCAGAGGAGAGUUAGGUCUGGGACCAAUGUUAACUUUUCCAGUAAUAGCCAUUUUUGCCUAGACUCCACCUGCCAUACAUUGGAACCAAAUUUCCACUGAUCAGUUUUACAGAUCAAGAAUGGGGCAUUGGUGGUUACAGGACAGCUGUCUGAAGCCUCUAUUUCACUGUAGUAGAUUUCAAGAAGAACUUUUACAAGAAAGUUACUUUUUAAUGUUUUACAUUGUUAUGUAGUGUAAUAUGUACGUGUAUGUCUGUGUAUAAUUAUGUUUCCUAUAAUUAUACGCUAUUAAAAUAGAGCUUCUUAUCAGGAUUUUUUUGUUGUUGUUGUUUCCUUUGGUUUGGUUUAGUUUGUUUGUUUUUCUUAAGAUUACAAACCACCGUACCAGCGAUCCUUAUGUUAGUGUUUUUAUGGACCUGGCACGUUUUUUCUGACCUGUCCCUCAUCAACUUUAGAGAGCAUGGGUGUACAGUUGCCCAAAAAGCCAGCACAGAUGGACGCUGGUCUUCUGGUGGGCCUCCUUUUAACUUUAUUUUGACAACACAGUGUAAAAAACCAAAGUGAAAGACACUUCCCUGUGUUAAUGCCAUGCAAACAUAAAGAAAAUGAGGAAUUCCUGCCUGUUCUGUGUGACCGUGGUCGUAAAUUAGUGUGCCCGUGAUCUUGGGCUCCUAAAUCCAAACUGAGGAUCUGGAUGGACUACGUGACCCGAUUCCCAGAGUGGACUCCCGUGCACCCCACCGUGUGCUGAGCACUUGGGGAAAUCAGGCCACUUACUGGCGCAUGCAAAUAAAUAGCAGCUGCCUGUUUAUGUCACCCUUGGCCGUGUAGAUCGUCACAAAGAAUGCUCUCUAAACUUGGACGGGGACUCGGCCCCAUUUUAGCUGUCUCCUUCCUUUUUGAAAUGUUACCCCCCUUGGCAUAUUGGUCUCCUAAGAAGCGCCCAACUACUGCAAUAUGGUGUUAUAACUUUAAAUUGUUUUCUUAUGCUUAGUUGCUUACAAUAAGUCAGGCUAUAGCUGAACAGAUUACUCUUUGCAGACAAGUUACUGUCAUUGUCCCUAUGACAGAUGGAUAAAUAGCUAUAAGAAAGAUGCCCUGUUACCAAGAGCUCUCAAGUCGAUUUUCCUUCCUGAUGUUCUGUUCUUUUCUUUUUCUUUUUUUUUUUCUACUCCUUCUGUUAUUUUUGGCAGACCAGGCUGCUGAGGGGGAGCUGGAAUUAGAAGUAAAACUGUGAUAUACUGUGAUAUAAUUUACAUAAGAGCUACAUAAGGGCUCCCUUAUGUUUAUUCACAGGCUUAAUCCAAGCUCACAUACCUCCACUGUGUUCCAGCCAUGAAAUUUUGUUUACUAUUUCUAAAGGCUAAUGAGACCUAUUUAUGGGUUGCAGGAGUUGGUUUUGACAGAGAGGCUAGUAUACGCUGCUCUCUUGUUCAUUCACAAUCUGUACUACAGCGGAGACGAAAGUUGAGGAGGAGGAAAACCAUCUCUGGCAUCCCCAGAAGAGUGCAACAAGAAAUAGAUUCAGACGAGUCGCCGGUGGCGAGAGAGCGCAAUGUGACUGUGCAUGCAAACCCGGACUUCUCCGGCUCCGGCAGCAGGAGGUCGGGGACCCGGGACUCGGAGUGCCAGACGGAAGAAAUCCUGAUAGCCGCUCCCUCACGGCGGCGGAUCCGCGCCCAGAGGGGACAGAGCGUCGUCGCCUCGCUCUCCCACUCUGCCGGCAACAUCUUGGUGCUGGCGGACAACGGGGAUGCUGUCUUCGCUGCCGCUGUCAGCAACCGCAUCCGCUCGCGCAGCCUUCCUCGCGAGGGCGCCCGGGCCAGCGAGGGCCAUCAGGAUGCCGCCACCAAGAGUGCAGGGUACGAAGCAGAACGCUUCUUAGCCGGUCAGGAGAGGAUCCCAAAACAGGGGAAGGAGGUUUUGAGCAAGCAGGGUUCACAAGAGCGCCAGCCCAUCGGUUUAACUUGUCCUCAGCACCUGCACAGCCCUGAACACAGCAUCGGCGAGAGGGGGAGGUCGCGGCUGUCAAGGACGGCCGAUUCGGGCAGCUGUGAGAUUUCGUCCAACUCGGACACCUUCGGGAGCCCCAUUCACUCUAUCUCCACAGCAGGCGUCCUGCUCAGCAGCCACAUGGACCAGAAAGAUGACCACCAGUCCUCCAGUGGCAACUGGAGUGGAAGCAGCUCCACAUGUCCCUCCCAGACAUCCGAAACCAUUCCUCCUGCCGCCUCUCCUCCGCUGACUGGCUCUUCGCACUGUGACUCCGAGCUGUCGCUCAACACCGCUCCCAACGCCAACGAGGACUCCAGCAUCUUCAUCACAGAGCAGUUUGGUGACCACGUGGACAAGGUCAGGGGCCACAGGGCGAGCUCUUUUACCUCCACCGUGGCGGAUUUACUGGAUGACCCCAACAACAGCAACACGAGCGACAGCGAGUGGAACUACCUGCACCAUCACCACGACGCCUCCUGUCGCCAAGACUUCAGCCCCGAGCGCCCGAAGGCGGACAGCCUGGGAUGCCCCAGCUUCACCAGCAUGGCCACCUACGACAGCUUCCUGGAAAAAACCCCCUCUGACAAGGCAGACACUAGCUCACACUUUUCCGUGGAUACUGAAGGAUACUAUACCUCCAUGCACUUUGACUGCGGACUCAAGGGUAAUAAAAGCUAUAUUUGCAACUAUGCAGCCGCAGGCUCUGAGAGCGGCCAGACCGGGAGCGUGACCUCCAGCCUGCCUGACUGCGCCUGGCAGGAGUGCAUGAGCCACAGGAGGCAGGGACGGCAGAGCAUCUCGCUGAAGAAACCAAAGGCAAAGCCAGCCCCACCAAAACGCAGCUCAUCUUUGAGGAAAUCGGAGGGCAGCACCGACCUUCCUGACAAGAAAGAACCAAAGAUCGGCGGCGGGCAGCACGUCUCUCACACCACCAGGGAGAUGAAGCUGCCCCUUGAGUUUUCAAACACACCUUCCCGAGUGGAAGGCCCCAACCUGCCGGCCAAGCAGGAGCUCCCCUGGGUGAACCAGGGCGAUGGCGGGUUGAAGGACACUCCGUUUGACACCGCCGAUAUCCCCUCCUUUAAAGACGAAGGUGCUGAACAACCUCACUAUGCAGACCUCUGGCUUCUGAACGACUUGAAGUCCAGCGAUCCUUACAGGUCCUUGUCCAAUUCGAGCACCGCUACGGGUACUACAGUCAUAGAGUGCAUCAAGUCACCGGAGAGCUCCGAAUCCCAGACGUCCCAGUCUGGGUCACGAGCCACCACCCCAUCCCUCCCCUCCGUGGAUAAUGAGUUUAAGCUGGCCUCCCCCGAGAAGCUGGCGGGGUUAGCCUCACCCUCCAGCGGGUACUCCAGCCAGUCGGAGACGCCCACCUCUUCUUUUCCGACCGCUUUCUUUUCGGGACCCUUGUCUCCAGGGGGGAGCAAGAGGAAGCCGAAAGUACCGGAGAGGAAGUCAUCGCUGCAGCAGCCACUCUCGAAAGAUGGCACCGCCUCGGUAAGCAAAGACCUCGAACUUCCGAUUAUACCUCCUACUCACCUCGACCUAAGUGCUCUUCACAACGUCUUGAGCAAGCCCUUCGCUCACAGGCACCAGCUGCAUGCCCUCAGCCACAGCAAGCAGAGCGCGGUCGGGGAAGCCCUGCAUCCCAGCCCUCCCUCCGCCCUCGCCAUCACGCCCUCCGUUCUCAAGUCUGUCCACCUCCGGGCAGUCAACAAGCCUGAAGGAGGGAAACAGAAGGGCAGCGCCCCAGACCUGCUCUGCAUACAGGAAACUGCCCUGAUGGCGACCGACGUUUCUCCAGGCAAAAUGAGGCCGCUCUUAGCUAAGAAACCGGUAUCGCGCCAGUACUCCACGGAGGAGGCCAUAAUGUCAUACAUUGAUGCUUCCCCAGCAGAAGGGGGCCCUGGAAAGCCGCUUUUAGAGAAAAGCUCCUCUUUCGGUGGGCAGAAUAGCUGCGAGCGAGAAGCUGUAACUUCAGCAAGCGUGGGUCUGGUUGACAUCAAACCCGUGAAGGACCAAACACACCUGGCUGCUGAGCACUUGCCAGAAAGUGCUCUGAAUCAGACGUGUGCCAUCUCCGUGGACGGGUUUCAGAAGGGCUCGGCUGUCCUCACGGGUGAUGACGAAGCAAAGAAACCUGGCCGUGGAGCAGAAAUGGAGCACAACCUUCAGCAAGUGCAGGCUCAGCAAGAGCUGUCUGCAGGCGGCGAGGGGAGGCUGGAAGCUGGGCCUGCGGGUGAAAGCCCAGGUCAGGCUGAGGGAGCAGCCAUCGGCGAUCAGCUUAAGCACCAACCCGAUGUAAGCCACCAUAUGCCUGGGAAUAUCGGCUACGAAGCAGAGACGGCAGCAGUGAACUCACUCGGUGAAGCGAGUUGCAAGCAGGAAAAUGAUAUCGCAUCAGGUAUCCCAACCAAAAGUGCCUCUGAUGACAGCAGGGCGGACGAGACAGCAGGCAGCACGGAUGAGCCUUCGCUGAAAGAGUCUUCUCCAAGCGACGAGUCCAUCGUGUCUCCGCUGAGUGAGGAGUUGCAGGCUGAUGCUGAGGAUGUCUUUGUGUCUCCAAACAAACCCCGCACUACCGAGGAUCUGUUUGCAGUCAUUCACAGAUCAAAAAGGAAAGUUCUUGGGAGAAAGGAUUCUGGAGACCUUUCUGUAAGAAACAGAUUGAGAGCUUCGUCUGGGACUGGCAGCCAGCUGCCCGCCAGCAGCACGCUGCCCGCCAGCAACGUGCCACCAGCCAGCAGCGUGGGUGCUCCCAUAAGCAGUCAGAGGUCCCCUGGGCUCAUAUACAGGAAUGCCAAAAAGUCCAACACCUCCAAUGAGGAGUUUAAACUACUGCUCCUUAAAAAGGGCAGCCGAUCCGAUUCCAGCUACAGGAUGUCCGCCACGGAAAUUCUGAAAAGUCCUAUUUUGCCCAAGUCUCCUGGAGAGCUGACGGCGGAUGCCCCCCAAAGCCUAGAGGAGUCUCCCCCCACGACGAGCCCCGAUGCGUUGUCCCCUCUCUCCCCCUGCUCCCCCAGGGUCAACACAGAAGGAUUCUCCUCCAAGAGCUUUCCCAUGUCGGCGUCUUCGAGAGUGGGGCGCUCCCGGGCGCCUCCGGCAGCCAGCAGCAGCCGGUACAGCGUGCGCUGCAGGCUGUACAACACGCCGAUGCAGGCCAUCUCCGAAGGAGAGACAGAGAACUCGGACGGCAGCCCCCACGACGAUCGGUCUUCUCAGAGCUCAACGUAGGCUGUGUGGGUGCCAGGGCCAGGCUGCCGACACCGCUCGGGCUCUGUAAGGAUGUGAAUAUAAGAGGCCAACGCUGUAGCAGUCAAAAAAAAAAAAAAAGAAAAAAAAAGAAAAAAAAAUUGCAGGGCAACAUCAAUGCUUAAAUGUGUUUGUGUUUGUAAAAGACGCUGGGGAAAGAGAGGACUACAGCUGUAGCUAUUUAUUACAUUACAUUUUCUAAAAGGAGGAAGAUACGCUAUGUCUGUUCUGUUUUCUUUUGGCUUCAUUUGGUUUAUCCCACUCUCAUUUCCAUUGUCACUGUAGAUUUCAAGGCUAUACACUUUCCAUAGAGUUAAAAGUGACUUUGGGGUUUUUUUUCCGAGAAGUUGCGCAUCUAGAAACAAAUCCUUCACUGUAGUGCUUCCCUAGGGAGAAAAAAAAAGAAAAAAAAAUGCUCUUGAGGAUUGGUAUUUUUCUACACUAAAAUGAGCUGAAACAAAAUUUAGAAGAAAUUAACAAAGCAUAUGUAAAUACCAUAUUUUUGAUAAAAAUUUGUAAAUAGAAUUAUCAGAAAAGUGGACAUGUGGCAAACGAUUUACUGCAUAACAACUUUGUUUAUAGAAGACAAAAGAAGUCAAAUGUAAUAACUGUAUUCUGUGAAUACCAUUUUCAUAUCAAACAUAAAAAAUUCACAUGGCCACCGAUAACCACUUUCAGUGCGACAAGCCUGAAGGACGACAUUGAGCAGUGGAAAGGAGGAAUUCCCCGCUUUAGCUGAGGAAAUGGAAAGGCUGACUGCGAUGGGAAUUAAAGCAACCAUUUGUCUUUCUAAGGCAGCUCCGAAGAAGCUAACUGGAAAGCGCAGCUGGGAGGGUUACCGUGAGGAUCGGUGGGGAAGGCGAGCGUGCUUCCGACAGAACCGAGUCGUGUGUGAUGCAAAGCCCCAAAGGGUCCCAUCCCACAGCCUCCCCUGGGCCUUUACUCUUGCAGGGAUCGCUUCUAGAGAGGAUAGAUGUGAGAAGAAAUAGUACUUAACUUUCAUAUUCCUAUUAGGCUAUUGGGAUACAUAACACGGUCAUAACCUGGUAACUAUAAUCUUUAAACACGGUUAGUUUCUGGUUCGUAAAGGAAACAAAUUAUAAGCAUGCAAGAAGCGCUUUCGAUUUAUCAGUAAAUAUCCGCGAUGAGUUUUCAGUGAAGCUUUCUCUUUGUGCUGAUGAGAUUCAUGCUACCUAAAUAUUUACAAAAAUGACACUGUGAAAACGUAGCUGGGAAAUAGGUAUGUGUAUGCAUUAUUUAUAUUCAUUGCUGAGCUGGGAAGGGGAAAGCUCUGGUUCGUUGUGCCAGCCACGUACAGUUGGGAUCUCGUCUGGGUUUACCAGAAGUGCGGAACAGGGUGGGGGACAGGGGUGGGGUGGGAAAGGAGACAAAUCAAAGCAGCUGCUUUGAUACAAAUGAAGGCAGGGAAAUAAAAGCUGAAUUACUUGAAGUUACUUGAAUUUUCUCGUCUUAAAACUGCAAGAACAUGUACUUUUAAAACUUAACCCGUGAGUCGCUUUAUACUUUUAAUUUUUAAACGGAAUAAAACCAACAGGCCUGAUUCUCCUUUGGGCCACCACGGUUUCCAUCGAUGUAGCCCCGUCCAUGCUACAUGGAGAAGGCGGCCCUCUUUGUCCAAAAUUGAUGCAGUUGGUGUUGGUUGCCGUAGGAAAUGGUUUGGAGUAGAGGAAAGGUUAGUGCAGAGAAAAUAGCGCGAGGAGGAAUGCGGUGUGCAGUAGGACAGGUCGAGUAGGAUGGCAGAAAAAGCGUACUUUGGUGCUACAGAAAUCAACUAAAAGCUGGCUUUAAGCAUAAGUAAAGGAUAGGGAAGCGGGAUGUGUGAAAUGGGUUUUUACUAGGUUUUUUGCUUUUAAUCAUGUAAUGCAUAAAGCUGAGAGUUUUUAAAAGUGGGCAGAGCAUGUUUUAAAGAGGAAGGUUCUACCUAAAACUGUUACGAUUUUGAAGAGUCUGAGCACGUCAGAAUGGUUUAACAAAUCUCGAAAGUUAUUCCCCACGAGGUUCACGUCCAGUUUCGUCCAGCGCUUACCACAAGCAAUGUGUUAUUCAGGGUUUCCUACCGUCCUCCUGUGCAGCCUGGUUGCGUUCGGUGUGCGAGGUGGAGUCGCUGUGCAUCCGGUACGUGCGUUGGGUAGAGGGGUGGUCUGUCAGCCGAAGAGCUGCAAAUUCAGGAAGUCUAAAUAAUCUAAAAGUCUAAAAGAGUUUUCAAAAAGGUGAUGGGAGCAAGGGUUUGGAAAUAAAAGGCUAAUCAUGUUAGUAGUUCAGUUAAGAAAGUAAGUCUGAACACCAGCCAAAUGAAUGAAUGAGAAUGUUUUAAGAGGAAACGUUGAGCAUAUAGCAAACCACUUUCGGGAGAACAAGAGUAAAGGAAGUUUAGAUAUUGGGCAGAAAAUCCUUAGUUUGUCAUCUUCAGUCAUUUUCCUUAAAAAAUUUACCAGGAGCACUUUUACGACAUGUUUUAUAGUCUUGAGUUAGUCAUUCGAAACUGUAAAGAGAAUACAGCUGAACUGACUUUGAUCACUUUUUAUUACCCAUCAAUAAUUUCACAGAGACCAUAAAUAAAUAUAUCCACACUAAAAAAAAAAUUUUGACUGGAAUGGUGAGGCAAUACUUCACGUACAAAACGGCCACAGAACAAUCCCGUUAAAAUAGAGUCUUACUUCUUUUGUUUCAUUUCCUAGUUUAUAUUUAGCAGAUUGAAACCCAAAUAAAGAGAGCUUCUAAAUCCACUAUGACGAACAGAGUUCGUAACAAACGUGGGAGUCAGAGGAAGACGAGUGGCGGGGACCCCUGUAGUGUUGCAGGCGUGCCAUUGAGGCACGGGAGGACAAGCUGUAGAGCGAAGGGAACAUCACUCACCUCUUGAGACGGGGUACCGCACGUGCAUCAGGUAACCGCUGAACCGUCAUUUCAACCUGCUGUUCCGUUGUUUGCACUGAUGUUAUGGAAAUGAUUUCUGAAGUUAUACAGCUGUGUGUUCUGAAAAAUAACAUUUUCCCCCUUUUUUUUUUUUCUGUUGUUGUUGUUGUCGUGGCAGCAUAGAGGACAUGGAAUAGGUGUAGCAAAUAAAGCAUAUGUUUGCUUUUGCCAAAGGUCAGUGAUUGAGUGCAUUUGCUGCAAUGGUGGCAGAUAGAGAAAUACUGUAGGUUAUGACUUAAAGAAUUAAAAAAAAAAAUUAAGAAGGUUACAGUGUAACUAUUUUGGUACUAGCACCAGUUCAUGCUGGCAGAAAAGACAAUGGUUUAUGGACUUGCAUCCAUUUUGUAUUUUUGUAAUAUUUGUAAAUACGAACUUUUUAAAUUGUUGCAAAGAUGGUUUCUUUUGUAAAAUGUUUUCAAAGUUUACAUUAAAUCCAAGCCUUUGUAUAUUUUAGAGCUGUGCAACACUUUAAGUCUUGUAUUUAUUUUUAGUAAAAACGGUGACAGUUUCAUUGUGAACCCCUCUCAAAAAAUGUGUCGGAAAAGUUUGAUUACCUAGAAAGUGUGUAUAGAAACUGCAAAUAAACGUGACUGCAAUUAAAUCACA